AUGUCAUACAACCAUCGAAUGAGCAUGGCUGGUGGUGGCUCCCAGCAGCAUGGGCACAACCGGCGCAAGAAAGAAGACGAUAACGAUGCAUUGAUGCGCCUGCCCGACAAGGAGAUCGCAGGAUGUAUCAACGACAUUGGAAUCCCGUUCAGUCCCUCCGACCUGGCGAAGCCCAAUCCCCAGCAGAUUCAGAUGGUCUUCGAAUGGUUUGCAGAGCUUCUCAUGAACACCACACGCGAAACGGUCGAGCCAGCCAUGCAUCUCGCGGCAGAAGAUAUUUGCGGCGACUACCCUGACAUUGUACCCAACGACACGCGCAACCUGAUGGGAUUCUUUGUCAAUGUUCGGAAGCUUCUGGCAGAGUGCGGUGUGAACGACUUUACUUUUACCGACCUGACGAAACCGACACACGACCGACUUGUCAAGAUCUUUUCCUAUCUCAUCAAUUUCGUUCGAUUCCGCGAGUCCCAAGCCUCUGUGAUCGACGAGCACUUCAACAAGACCGAAAGGACCAAAUCACGGAUCGAGACGCUGCAUGUGGAAAACCAAGAUAUGGAGGCACGACUGGCUGAAAUGCGACGGGAUCAGCAAGCGAACGAGGCCCAGGUGCGCGAGAAGGUGGCGCGAAACGAUGAGCUCAAGGCGCGUCUUCUGGAGCUUCGCCGCGAACAGACAAGGGUCGCAGACCACCUGGAACGAGUCAAGAGUGAACGAGCGCGCCGGCAACAACAGCUGGAGGAAAAGACCGAAAGAACGGUCCGCACGCGACAAGAGGCGGAGAAGCUCCGACCAUAUGUUCUCGAGUCCCCGGCUACUCUGCAAUCUUCGCUGACAGAGUUAGCCGAGAACUUGAUGCGCGAGAAGGCUCAGAUCGAUGCAAUGGAGAAGCGAGCGCGAGCUCUCCAAACAUCGUCAGAUACAUUCACUGUGGUUUCCAAUGAUGUGCAGGCAUGUGUCAAAUUAUUGGAUGAUAUUGCCACAGAGCUGCAGAAGGAAGAAGAAGAGGAGUCACAUGCUGCCAGAAACAAGGAGGCGAUCUCGGACAGAGGUAACAGUGUGCGAGAGGUAGAACAGACCGAACACCUCCUGCAGCGACAACUCGCUCGUCUGAACGAUAGGAUCGAGACCCUCCGGAAGAAUGCGCAGGAGAAAGCGGAGAUGGCGCAGGCCCGCAUGGAAGAGCUCCGCAAUGUCCAGAAGCAACUACGCGAGGAGCGAGCAGAGAAGCAGCGUGAUAUGGAAAGAAGGCGCAUCCGCAUUGAGCAGACAGAGAAGAAGAUGGCCGACCUUAAGGAGAAUAUCGAGAGUGAAAUCCAAUCAGCCCACGACCAAUAUCUCAAGCUCGAGUCCCAUAUCAAACUCUAUAUCACAGAGAUGGAAAAGUCGCUGUGA